CAGUACAAUUUUCAAAACGGUGGAGCAGCCAAGUCCACUUCUGGCAUAGAGAGAGAAUCAAAUCAAAGCCAACAAAGCAAAGUGUGACUGAAAAGAGAAAAAAGGCAAAGAAUAAAGCACAAAAGGUUUGUGUGGAGUCCACCAUUACCACAACUCCACUGUCCUUGUUGAAGGGACAAUUAAAUUCAAGAACUCAAAACAAAUUGAUCAAGAACAAGUGAAAUCUUGGAAUUUUCUUUAGUGAAAUCAAGAAUGGCAAGUCCAGGGUCAAGUAGAUUAGCUUUGACUCCAACGCCUAGUUCUGCUUUAGGUAGGGUUUCUAAAACCCCUUUGACAGAUGAAGUGAUAUGGAAGAGACUCCGUGAAGCUGGAUUUGAUGAAGACUCUAUUAAACGUAGAGAUAAAUCUGCUCUUAUUGCUUAUAUUGCCAAACUCGAAACUGAGAUCUAUGACCAUCAAUAUCAAAUGGGUCUUCUCAUCCUGGAAAGGAAGGAGUGGGUUUCCAAUAAUGAGCAAUUUAAAGCAGCUGCUGAGUCAGCUGAACUCUUGUACAAGCGUGAACAAGCUGCACGUCUUUCUGAUGCGGCUGAAGCUAAGAAAGUUGAAAAUAAUCUGAAGAAAGCGCUUGGAAUUGAGAAAGAAUGCGUCGCAAACAUUGAGAAAGCAUUGCAUGAGAUGCGAGCGGAGUGUGCUGAAGCAAAAGUUGCAUCGGAGAAUAAAUUGGCUGAAGCACAAAGCAUGAUGGAGGAUGCUCAGAAGAAGUAUGCCGAUGCGGGAGAAAAGUUGCAUAAAGCAGAAUCUUUGGAAGCAGAAGCCAGCCUUUUUAAUCGUAGCGCAGAAAGAAAAUUACGUGAAGUCGAGUCACGAGAAGAUGAUCUUAGGAGACAGACAUUAUCAUUCAAGUCAGAUUGUGAAGCAAAAGAGAAAGAGAUCCAUCUGGAGAAACAAUCGUUCUCUGAAAGGUUGAAAACUCUACAGCGAUCUCAAGAAGAGUUAUUAGAGGCUCAGGCUCUUCUCAACAAGAGAGAAGAUUUUAUAUUUAACAGAUCUCUAGAACUGAACAGACGUGAGAAAGACUUGGAGGAUGAAAAAUUAAACCUGGAGAAUGACGUUAAAACCCUGAAUGAGGAGAAGCGCAAUCUGGAGCUGAAACUGAAAUCUCUAUCAGCAAGAGAAAAAGCCGUAAUCAAAAGGGAAACUGAACUUACCAAUAAAGAGGAAGAGCUACUGCUAUUACAGGGGAAACUCCAAAGCAAGGAGAUGGAUGGCAUGAAGCAGGCUGUGGUUAAUCAGGAUGCCACAUUAGUAACUAAGAUAUCUUCUAUCGAGGCAGAGUUGGAAACAAAACGGAAAUUGGUGGAAGAUGAGAUCCAGACCAAGAGGCGGGCUUGGGAGUUGAAAGAUAUGGAUAUUAAGUAUCGGGAGGACCUAAUUACUGAAAAGGAGUAUGAUCUGGAGAGGCAAUCAAGAACACUAGCUGAGAAGGAGAAAGAGUUGGAAGACAGGGUACAUGUAGUUGAGGAAAAAGAAAGAAACCUCCAAGCUGCUGAAAAAGAGGUAGAGUUGCAGAGAACAGUUCUGCAGCAAGAAAAGGAAGGAAUCAACAAAAUCAGACAUGAUCUUGAAAAGUCUCUGAAAAUGCUGGAUGAAAAAAGAAAGUAUGUCGACCAUGAGGAAGAGCAAGCGGAGGCUAUGAAAAGUGAAACUCAAGAGUUGCUGAUUCUGGAAACGAGGCUAAAGCAAGAGAUUGAUAUGAUUAGAGCGGAGAAGGAAGAAAUUGAGAAGCAGGCAGAUCGGCUGAAAGCAGAGAAAGCUAAAUUUGAGACUGAAUGGGAGGUAAUCGAUGAGAAGAGAGAAGAGUUGCAGCAGGAAGCUGAACGUGUGGCUGAAGAGAAAUUGGCCAUUUCUAAGCUUCUUAAGGAUAGCCGUGACAGCCUGAAAGCAGAGAAACAUGCAAUUCAAGAAGAAUACAAGCAAAAUCUGGAGUCACUUUCUCGUGACCGUGAAACCUUCAUGUAUGAGAUUGAGAGUGAACGUGCAGAGUGGUUUAGCAAAAUUCAGAAAGAACGCGAAAACUUUUUGCUGGAUGUUGAGAUGCAGAAAAAGGAGCUAGAGAACCGCAUUGAAAAAAGGCGUGAAGAAAUAGAAACUGACCUAAAGGAAAAGGAGAAAGCCUUUGAGGAGCAAAAGAAAAAAGAACUUCAGGAUAUUGCAUCUCUCAGGGAGACUGUGGAGAAGGAAUUGGAAAAUGCUGGCUUGGAGUUGAAGAAACUAGAUGCUCAGAGAAAAGAGAUUAAUUUGGAUCGUGAGAGAAGGGAUAAAGAAUGGGCAGAGCUAAAUCAUGCUAUAGAAGAACUUACGGUGCAAAGGCUGAAAUUAGAGAAACAAAGGGAAUUACUUCAUGCUGAUAGGGAGGAGAUUCUUGCUCAGAUUGAGCAGUUGAAAAAAUUGGAGGAUGUUAAGAUUAUACCGGAUCGUAUUGUCACACCCAAAAAAUUACCUUCUGCAAAAAGAUUUUUGAAGCAUCCCUUGGUGAUGGGUUCUGGUCUGGAUGGGAAUUGUAAUAAUGGUGUUAGACGAGAUAUUUCUUCUGUCACGAGAGAGAACGGAAAUUCAUCUUCUCCUAUCUCUACUCCAUUCUCAUGGCUUAAGAGAUGUGCUGAUACAUUGCUUGAGCGUACACCAAGUAACAAAAGGCGGAGGGAAAAUGGGGAUACUAUAUCUCAAUUGACCGAGAAUGGUGCAUCACGCCCAUCGUCACCAGCACCUGAAGCAUCAGCAGUUGAACACCUAGAAGUACCAGAUGCACCAGCAGUUGAACACCUGGAAGUACCACCUGACCAAACUCCCAUUGCUGGAGAGGAGACUACUGUAUACAUUGAUAAAAUUGUUACAGUUCAUGAAAUGACGGAAAUCAAUGUGAAAAAAGUUGCAGAGGGAAGUCAGGAGACUCUCUCUGGGGAAAGUGGUGAGAAGCUUGGGAACAACGGUAGCUUGGAAUCAGAUCAAAAUGGGAAAGCCGAGAGGAGAUCCCGGAGAACCAGGGCAACAAGGAAGUAGUGAGAUUGCUAGAUGUGAGAAGAGU